CGACCCGUACCAAUCUUCACAUCUUCCACAUUCUAAACUGAGUUGAGUGACUAUCACAGCUACGCCAGCUUAAGGGUAUGAAUACACUCGACAGAUCAUUGGUACUCAUUGUCCUCCUCCUGGCAAGCUACUCUCUGGCUGUCAAACCAUAAUGUAAAGUAUGCAAAGAUUUUGUCCAAGCCUUCAACAAAAGGAUGGACGACACAGCCAAGUCAAACUUUGCUGAUGGGGACACGAAUUGGGAGGAGGAGAAACUCGCCUCCUACGCUAACAGGUAGCCUCCGUCUAAUUGCACUCACACUCUCAAAAAGUUGUCUUGCAGUGAGGUUCGAUUGAUCGAGAUGCUGGACGAACAUUCAGAUUAUGAUUGCCAUCGACUGCUGGAGAAUUAUGAGGAGGAGAUUGAGAGAUGGUGGUUCAAGUUAUUUUGUCCAUCUUGAGAGCAGUGAAAACUCAUCUAAAGACAUUUGUAUUUGAGGGCACUACUCUGAACCUGCGGCAAUUACCAUGAACUGGCUACUCUGAUCUACCAGACAAUCUAAAGGUGUUGUUUCGUACAGUGGCCAUGAUGGUGCCAGACAAUGCCAUGAUUGGAGAGAUCUCUCUCUACUCUUAUGGUUUUGUGGAUGCUCGUAAUCUGGCCGUCAAGAUUGUCAUGACCUAUGGACUGUGUUGAGAGCAACUCUCCAGCCAACUCCAUUCUGACUAUGGCAUGCGUGCAGUCCAGUCAGUGUUGGUGGCAGCCGGUCAUCUGAAACUGAAGUACCCUAACGAACAUGAAGACGUGUUACUGCUCAGAUCCAUCAUGGACGUCAACCUACCCAAGGCAAGACCAAGAUCCUAGUGUUACAUGUACUAGCUGACACACUCACACUACUCAAUGAGAGGGGACAGAUGGAAGAGAACAAGACAGGUUAUAGAGUCAUCAACCCCAAGACUGUCACUAAGGGUCAACUGUUUGGUCAGUUUGACCCUGUGUCACACGAGUGGACUGAUGGUGUGGUAGCCAACACAUUCAGGGAGUUUGCACCUGCACAAAGUGAUGACCGUAAGUGGGUGGUGUUUGAUGGUCCUAUAGACACUCUGUGGAUGGAGUCCAUGAACACUGUACUGGAUAACAACAAGAAGCUGUGUCUCAUGUCGGGGGAGAUCAUUCAAAUGAGCAACUGUAUGAACCUCAUCUUUGAAGCAGAUGAUCUGUCACAAGCCUCAGAUAGUGAUGAGGACCGGAGCUGAUACAAGAGAGCUCUUGUCUGGCAGGACAGACCCAACAGCUGCAGGCACGACUACAGGAUGAUAUUCUGUCCAACAGUGCACUUCACAAAGCACCCAGCUGCCCUCCUCAAAGAAGUUGGUCAGAGUCUGUGACAGCUGCUACACAUUAUUUUCUUCAUUUUUAGCUGAACUCGUUUUUACUGAACAUAAUUUCCACACUUUAUUUGUUUCUACCCCUUUAUAUACUGUGUUUCAAUGUCACAAUUAAUUGUAGUACUGUCCUGAAUUAAAAAGAGCAAAUGAAACAUUGUGCAUGGAAGCCAACGAGCCCCACCC